CCAUGUCUUGCAGGUACGCGGCUCGCAGCUGCGCCCGUCAGCUGCGCACCGCCAGCUCCCUCCGCGCUUCCGCCUCCUCUUUCCAGACCCGAACCCCUGCGACAGCGAGACGGCACAACUCGACCGAGGCUGCGCCUGCGGCAAACCCCAAGAUUGAGACCAUUGUCGACCAGAUCAGCAAGCUCACUCUCCUCGAGACCGCCGACCUCGUCUCCACCCUGAAGUCCCGACUCAACAUCCCCGACCUGCCUGUCGGUGGCUUCGCCGCUGGCCCUGCCGCCGCCGCCCCUGCUGCCGCCGAGGAGGCUGACGAGCCCGCCCCCGCCGCCGCCGAGAAGAGCGUCUUCAACGUCAAGCUCAUGGCCUUCGAUGCCGGCUCCAAACCCAAGGUCAUCAAGGAGAUCAAGAACCUGCUGGGUCUCAGCUUGGUGGACAGCAAGAAGUUCGUAGAGAGCGCCCCGAAGCUGAUGAAGGAGAAUGUGCCCAAGGACGAGGCCGAGAAGAUUAUCGCCACGCUGAAGGAGCUCGGCGCCAUGGUCGAGAUGGAGUAAACGAUUCUGCCUUCCUCGCACAGCAACGACGGACUUCCAGGGACGAGAGGGCAUCCGGUGGCAUUCGAUGGGAAUGGGACCUGGAUUACCUAGAUGGAUGUGUAUUGAGUGUAUAAACACCCAUGUAACAAUAACAACAUGUACCCC